AUGGCCAAACUGUUCGUGGAAGACGUUGAUGCUCCUCUGUGCUAUCAAAGUUCUUCUCAGGCUUCUCAUACCUGCGUCAGCAAGAACUUGAGCCGUUCAUAUCCCUCAAGUGAAGUGAGGAACAGUACCGUGAAGUGGUCAGACUGGAUUCACAGACUUCUUCUGAAGUAUGGAGAGCACUGGAAAAGGGCUGGGAUCUAUGAUCCGAUCCUUCUGUCCAAGUAG